GGGAAAACUCAAAGCUAAAUCUGAGGCCUGUCAGAUUACAAACAGGAACCCAUGAAGACAGGCACAUACGCACACUAAAUCGUGUUGUUUGCGGGGAAACUCAUCGCACAUUUUUAAAACCUGUGCUUUUUAAAAAACAGAGGGAAUGCCUGUGGACGUGGAGAAGAUUAUUCAGUUUAUCAAACAAGGAGACCAGGACAAUGUUCAAAUACAUCUGGAUGAUUACAACGCUCAGAACUCGAAAUGUUUCUUUUUUGAUGUGGAAGAAAAGGAGAGAAGAAAGCAGAGAGAGCUGGAUGAGUUCCGUAGGAAUAAAGUGAGAGAGUGUAUCCCAGACUCUGACUCUGAUUUUGACUCUGAUGAGAAUGAGGAUCCAGAUCUUGUUCUGCGGAGGAGGCUUGCUGCAGCUCUGAUCUGGUUUAUUCGCAUGCGGCUGCAGCCGGGCGUUUUGAGGGUGUGUUUGCGAACUCUGCGAAUCAUCUCACGGGACCGAAAGGCCUUGGCACCCCUGAUCACGGACUAUGCCAUUGUAACUCUCGCUCGCCUCGGGGGCAUCUCCACCCUGCCUACCUGGCCCGAAGAAGAGGAUGCUCAGUGGGGCUCCUCCCACAGUGACAUCACUCCUGAGAAUGAGACAGAGACACAGCCAGAAAAUAAUGGCAGCAAUACCCAAUGCCCAACAUGUUGCAGUGAGAAUGAUGAUUCAGUCUGUGCCUCUGCAGCCUGUGCUGAGUCUUCAGUCAGUGAAGGAGGUUUGCAAUUCAACCUUGUGAAUAUAACAUCUAACUGUAAUACUGGGAGAGAAACAAAAAACGACCACCAUGAAGAAAGUAUAAGGAAAGAUGGGGUCUGUUCGGUGUUGACAAGAGGAAAGAGGGAUGCCAGAGGAGAGAAGGAUGAGGAGGGGGAGGAGGGGCAUGAUGAUGGAGAGGUCUGGAGGAAAGAGGCAUUGAAGGCUCUGUGCAAUGUCAUCUACAACAGCCCGAAAGCACAAGAGAGAGCCAGCGCCCUGAAGUUGCUCCACGGCCUGUCAGAGAGACUGAAGGAGGGUAUACAUUCCUCAUCACCUCCAACUGGUCAAUUUUUUGAACUGCGGCUUCUCUUUCUCUUGACUGCUUUACGGCCUGAACUUAGGAUAGAGCUCCGCCAGGAGCGCGGCAUGUCCAUGCUGACCGCAGCUCUGGAACAGUGUUUAGAAGUGUGCUGGGGUGAAACGCAUGAGGUGCUGACUGACCUGACAGCACCCCCUGUGUGUAAGGAGGUGUCUCAACGUGCCCUUGAGAUUUUGAAGAUCCUAUUUAACAUUACCUAUACUGUGCACAGACAGGAAAUUGAUGAGGAGGCUGCAGCUUUGUAUCGUCACCUAGCUGCAGUCCUGCGUCACUGUCUGCUCGUGAACUGUGAGGGAGAGGAAAGAAAAGAGGAGCUGCAAGGACACACAGUAAAUGUGCUCUCAGCGCUUCCUCUGCAAUGUCUGGAUGUUCUGCUCUCCGUUCGCCUAUCCGAAGGUUCAAAGGAGUCUGGCGGAGUCAACAUGGACUGUGUCCACACUUUGCUGCUCUUCAUGGAAAAGAGACUGGACAGAGGCCAUAAACCGAAGGAAAAGUUGACUCCAGUCUUAAACCUGUUGACGGAGAGCAGCAAAGCACACAGGGAAACUAGGCACUAUCUCAGACAGCAGAUCCUGCCUCCUCUGAGAGACGUUGAGCUGAGGCCUGAGCAGGGGAACACUCUGAGGAGCAGACUAGUGCGACUAAUGACCCACGUCGACACUGAUAUCAAACAAUGUGCAGCUGAGCUUCUUUUUGUGCUCUGUAAAGAAAAUGUGAGCAGGUUUGUGAAGUACACUGGUUACGGUAAUGCAGCGGGGCUGCUGGCGGCACGGGGUCUUUUGAACGGCCGUGGCACUUCUCCUCAAAUGCAGUACUCCAGUGACUCUGACUCAGACACAGAGGAGUACAGACAGGCCAAGGACAGGAUUAACCCUGUGACGGGACGGGUGGAGGAGGAACAGCCUGAUCCAAUGGAAGGGAUGACUGAAGAAGAGAAAGAGGCAGAGGCGCUCAAACUCAUAAAUAUGUUCAACAGGCUGUCACGGGACAAGAUCAUUCAGCCAGUGGGAGUGACAACGGAUGGCAAACUGGCGCCGCUCAGUGGCCAGAUGAGGCACAGCGCUGUGCAGGAGGAGGACGAAGAAGAGGAGGAGGAGGAGGAGGAAGAUGAUAGUGAGACAGAUCAGUAAUGAAGGAGCUGAUGAUUAAUGAGAGACAGGUGCAAGAUAUUUUAUACUAAUGACUGAUAUAGCAAUAAAAUAGUGCAACUAAAAAUUUGAUAACUUAUAAUAAGGAAAUAAGUUAAUUUAAUCAGUUGUUGGAAACAAGGGACGUAAAAGCAAAUGAUAUUGAGAAAGAAAAAAGAAUAAACAAAGCUCUGUAUGAUGUGUAAAGAGAAGUAAAAGGGAGAAACAAAAAUAUUUUACAUUAUAAUGUGCACAAAAUAGGAGAAUAUGUAAUAACUAUGUAAUAACACGCGUGAGUCACGAAAUGCGCUAGAAACGGUAAAAUAGGAAGCUAUUAAGAGGCAAAGGAGAAAGAAAGAGACAAAGAGAGACAGCCGUCACACCAAAGACAGACAAACACUCCUGGAAAAUGCUGCUGGUGUUGCCAUGGUUAUGUUACCAUGGUAACAACAGGAAAUGCAGUUCUACGGAUUCUUUUUUUUUGCGCUCUAGCAGGAGUGGAAUGUUUACCUUGAAGAGAAGCGCUGAGGCUGGAUCUAACGCUCUAUAUGCUGCCACUGAGAACGCUGAAUAAAAAUAAUGUCAUUAUUUAAA